AUGGGAAAAUCAUCCAAAGACAAACGAGAUGCCUACUACCGCCUCGCAAAAGAAGAAGGAUGGCGCGCGCGUUCAGCCUACAAGCUUCUCCAACUCGACGAGGAAUUCAACCUAUUCGAAGGUGUAACCCGAGUUGUCGAUCUCUGCGCUGCACCCGGAAGUUGGAGUCAAGUACUAUCUCGCGUGCUCAUCAAGGGCGAGAAAUUUGGGCGUGCAGGCUGGCAAGAGAAGCAGGCCGCAGCGCGCAACUACGUCCUUGGCCUCGACAAUACGAAGACCCCGGCCCCAGCAGAAGAAGAGAAGAAGGAUAUCCAACCCGCGGAACGGCCAAGGCCAAGAGAAGGAGUGAGAAUCGUAGCCAUUGACCUCCAACCCAUGAGCCCACUCGAAGGCGUCACAACGAUGCGCGCAGACAUCACCCAUCCCUCCACCAUCCCACUCAUGCUCAAAGCCCUAGACCCAGAUACAUACGACCCCACGACCCCCCAAACCUCCUCACCCGUCGAUCUAGUAAUCUCCGACGGCGCCCCAGACGUCACCGGCCUACACGAUCUCGACAUCUACGUGCAAUCCCAACUCCUCUGGGCCGCACUCAACCUCGCCCUCUGCGUCCUCAAACCCGGCGGCAAAUUCGUCGCCAAGAUCUUUAGAGGCAAGGACGUCGAUCUCCUCUUUGCACAGCUCAAAACCGUGUUUGAUCGCGUGCGCGUCGCAAAGCCACGAAGUAGUCGCGCAAGCAGUAUCGAGGCGUUUGUCGUUUGCGAGGGCUUUUGUCCCCCCGUGGGCUUCACGCCCAGUCUGGACAAGCCACUCGGCGCAGGCACACAAUUGCCCACUCCCCCGAAACCCACACCCACAUCCACAGCCAGCAAAUUCUCACGCAGAGUCCGCGACGACGGCGCCGUCGAGAUUGACUUUGGCUCUGAAAGCGAAGACGAAGAGGAUGUCGAGCAGGGCGGUCGACGCUGGAUCGCCCCGUUCCUGGCCUGUGGCGACCUCGCGGCGUAUGAUUCCGAUGCGACGUAUCAUUUGCCAAAGGAUAGGGUGAGUUUGGAUCCUGUGCAGCCGCCGACUGCGCCGCCGUAUAAGAGGGCGCUGGAGAUGCGGAAGUUGGCGGGUGGGGCGUAUGGGAAGACGAGGGCGAGGGAGAGUAAGGCGGUGAAUUAG